CGAGGCGGAGGAGUUACCGGAAACGAUCCGCGAUGCUUGUAGGUCUGCUGAUAUCUGCGCUUUCAUCUUUCACUGCCAUCCAUCCGGCAUCUUCGUCGGAGCUCUCUUGCCAUCGACACGCAGUCACUGAGGCAAGCAGUCGCGCACACGUGAUGAAUGGACACACAGCAGCAAACAGACAGACAGACACACAGGCAGGCAGCAACGCAGCAAAGGCAAGCCGCACAUCUUGAUCAAUCCUCAUCCGAUGUCUGUCUGUCCGUCUGUCUGUCUGUAUGUAUGUGUGUCUGUGUUUUCUUUGUCUGCAGUUCCAUCGUUUCAUCCAUCUCUCACCACUUCGUCGAAGGCCACUUCGGUCAACGCGAGAAGCCACAGACGAUGUCCUUCAUCCCGCAAGAAACACGGCCUUCCUUGCGCGACCAAGAAUCCACCAAGUCGCCUCCCACCUCCUUCCCUCAUCACGGCGCGCAAGACGGCGGCAGAGCUCAACAAGGGAGCAGAGAAAGGCAUGCUUGUGCCGCAACACGCGAAGGGACCCGGCUGCGUGUGAGGACGGGCAGGACAGGCGGCGGCUUACGCGCACGUCUGCUUCCAAGGGAGGGUCUGCUGCUGUCGCUGAGCCGCCUGCCGUCCCUCGUGAAGCCACUGGGGGCAAGAAGGACGUCAAGAGGGUGCUGAUCGUGAUGAGUGACACUGGUGGGGGGCACAAGGCGUCUGCCUUGGCGCUCAAGGACGCCUUGUGGGAGAACUACAAUGACAACGUCGAUGUCAGAAUCGGUACGUGUGUGGAUGCGGGCAAGCGUGUGUGUGCACACAGGUCAGUAAAUGUGUAUGCGUGUGUGUGUGUGUGUGUGUGUGUGUGUGCAGUUGACAUCUGGACGGACUAUGGUGUGUUUCCCUUCAACACAUUCGUGCCCUCUUAUCGCUUCAUGUCGACCUACCCCAUCACGUGGAAGCUCUUCUACGAGUGGACCAAAUGGCCCAGCACUAUCAUGGGCGGGGAGGUGGUCGGACACGCCUUAUGUGGCUCGCGCUUCCGGCAGCUGAUUGAGUCCUACAAUCCCGACCUGAUUGUCUCGGUGCAUCCCCUGUGUCAGCACGUGAUGCUGCGAGUCCUGCAAGACAUCCGCCAGAUGAGGAACCGAAACAUCCCUUUCGUCACCGUCGUGACCGACCUGGGCGGCGCGCAUCCAUCAUGGUUUCACCCUGGUGUGGAUCUCUGCUUCGUCCCGUCGCAGCCUGUCCGCGAGAUCGCCCUGCAGGAGGGCAUUAAGCCCGACCAGAUGCGGCAAUACGGGCUGCCUAUACGGCGGGGCUUCUGGCAGCAGGAGAAGCGGCCCAAAGGCGAGAUACGGGACAAGCUGGGGCUGACAAAGGGCGUCCCGACGUGCCUGGUGGUGGGCGGGGGAGAGGGGGUGGGCGGUCUCGACAAAGUGGUGGAUGCUCUGGUGGCGUGUCUGGGCACCAAGCCUUUCGACAGCGAGGUGGUCGCCAUCUGUGGCAAGAACGGGGCUCUCAGGAGGAGGCUCGAGCGCAAGUACUGUGACGACGCCGCAAACGCCAACAACGGCUACCCGAGAAUGCGGCCCAGAAACGUGUCUGUGAAGCCUCACGGCUUCGUGACCAACAUGGAGGACUUCAUGGCUGCGGCGGACUGCAUUGUCACCAAAGCCGGCCCCGGAACCAUUGCAGAGUCGGCCAUCCGGGGGCUGCCCAUCAUGCUGUCGUCCUACCUGCCUGGCCAGGAGGAGCCGAACGUGCCCUAUGUGAUCGAUCGCGGGUUUGGCGACUACUCGUCGGUGCCGUCGCAGAUAGCGCGUCGAGUGGCGUCGUGGCUGGAGGACCCCAAGAAGCUCCAAGACAUGUCGGGGAAGGCGGUGGCGUCGUCGCGGCCGUCGGCCACGAUAGACAUAGCGACCGAGUUGGGGGAGAUCCUCGCCUUGAAUAAGAGAGAGAGGAAGAGGCAAAGCUGACGCGGGGAGGCGGGAGAAUGGGUGGCCGGGCGGAGUGCUGUUGCUCUAUGAGUGUGUGUACAUACAGUAUAUAUGGGAAGGAGAGGUUUUUCAGUCAGAUGUGCUCUCAUGCUGUCGUGUGACGCGUGUGGUGUAAGUAGAUUGAUUGGCUAAGCAAGCGGGGUGUGUAGAUGCCUGUGGACGGACGCCUUUUUGGGUGUAUCGUUGGCAAAAUGACGGUAUGCAUGAUUUUUCACCCAUCGCUCAGCAGGCAGCAUCAGUCAGCCUCGGUCGCUAUGCACGUGCGAUUCCGGCGAUAGGGAGGGAGUGUGUGAUCGCCUGUGUGCGCUUUAGCAUGUCUGCUGGGACGUAUUGAUGUUGCCAGUUGUCAGGUGGCAGCACAGACGCAUCGCAGGCAGACAUGCAGACGCCCACAUGGACGCAUCCACGGUUUUGCUCCAUGCGUGUCAGAGACGUGGCCCGAUAAUUUUUGUACUACCCCUCACUUGCAAGAUAGGCA